AUGGUGGCCACCUACUUGGAAAAGCUGAACCAGCACAUCUGGGGCCUACUCAAAGGCAGGAAUAUCGAUGCUGAUAGUACGCCGAUCGAGUACUGGCUGGCAGCGCCAGCCCAUUGGCGCGAAGAGACGAAACUCCUGCUGAUGCAAGCGGCGGAAGAGGCUGGGUUCAAGGCUAAACCAGCCGAUCGGAUACAUAUGGUAUCAGAAGCCGAAGCCGCCGCCCUGAGCGUUCUCCAUACCUUUGCCUCGCGUCUUGAGGUGAACGAUGGCCUUCUUGUUUGCGACUGCGGUGGGGGGACUGUUGAUAUCGGCACGUUCUACAUAUCAGACGUAGAGCCUCGAUUAUUCUUCGAAGAACUUACAGCAGUUCAAGGCGGCAAGUGUGGUGGCGCUGCUGUAGAUAGCCGGUUUUACCAACUACUUCGUAGUCAGCUUGGUGAUGCGCUCCAGUCUGUGCCAUCAGCACAAUUAGGAGCGCAUGGUAAACUGAUGACCAAUUUCCAAAGCAAUAUCAAGUCAGGGUUUACGGGCAGAGCCGAGGAAUCUUUCCAUAUACCCCUAGAGCUGCACGGGGUCGCCAAAAUGGACUCAUCCAUCUACGACGGAAGAAGAAAGCACGUUAUUCUCACCUCAGAGCACCUCCGGCAAAUUUUCGAUCCGGUCCUUGACCGAAUACUCGAAUUGAUAAUCAAACAGAAAGCUGCAGCCGACAGGAAGUUCGGUCGGGAAGUCAUUCAUGUACGAAUUUAG